AUGAAACUUUUAUUCUUUAUAUUUCUUAUAACACAAACUCAACAUUAUGUUUUUGAUCGAUUCAUACAAAAUCAAACAAAUAUAGAUGAAAAUCAUUUACAAGAAUUAAAUAAAGAAUAUCAAAAAACUUCAAUUAGAUCUAUGAUUUCAAAUAAGGUUCUUAUUAUUAUUAUUAUUGCAUGUCUUACUAUAGUGAUAACAGUAGCCUUAUUAACAAUUUAUUUUAACAAAAAUCAAAUCAAAAAUUUUACCAGACGUAUGGGUUUAAAUAAACGUGCUACAAUUAUUCAUCAAUUUCAUCCAGAAGUUCUUUUACAUUCAUCAGGUCAUGAACAAUAUAAACAGCGAAUACCAUCAUAUGAGAAAACUCAUGCUCGAUUGUCUACAAAUAUUAAGUCUAAAUCCAUAUAUGAACGUAAAAAUCGAGAGCGAAUAUCUAUGCAUGAAUUUAUGAAUUCAUCUAAUAAAGAUCAACAAGAUUCAAUAUCUGACAGUAAAUAUUCAAAAUCGGCAGCUAAUCUUUUUUUAUAUCAUUAA